AUGUCCAACGUCAACCGAUCAUAUAAAGACGCAAUUGCCGCCUUGAACAGCCUCCAGUCGAAUUAUGCCUCGAUCGAGGCGCUCAAGCUGCAAAAAGACUUUCUGCCGAAACAAAGAUCGGAGCUCUCCAUCGCCGAGGUAUAUGAGUUUAUCAGGCGUUUGGGAUAUAAGCCAAAGGAAUUUGAUAGGUUGAAUGUCGUUCACGUUACAGGCACAAAGGGGAAAGGCUCGACUUGUGCGUUUGUGGAUUCGGUGCUUCGACAGUACCGAGGUAGCGGCAUAGGCAAAGUGGGGCUCUUCACCAGUCCUCACCUCAAGUCUGUCAGAGAGCGGAUCAGAAUAGACGGCCAGCCAAUUACGGAGCAGAAAUUCACGAAAUACUUCUACGAAGUGUGGGAUAAGCUUUCGCUGACGACGUCGCUGCCUGAAGAGUUCCCUUCGUUGCAACCUUGUGAUGUCGUGAAACCAAUGUAUUUCAAGUACCUCACGGUGCUCUCAUUCCACGUUUUCAUGUCUGAGGGGGUGGACACUGCUAUUUAUGAGGUGGGCGUAGGAGGGAAGUACGAUUCUACCAAUAUCGUCCAGCACCCCACUGUUGCAGGUGUAAGUUCCUUGGGAAUUGACCAUACGUUUAUGUUGGGCAACACUAUCGACUCAAUUGCAUGGAAUAAGGCGGGUAUUUUUAAGCUGGGCUGUCCUGCUGUUGUGUCAGAGCAGUCGGAGUUCCCUGAGCUGAUUGAAAUCGUGAAGAAGGUUGCCGACGAAGUGGGGGUGUCCCUGUUUGAAGUAGUGGGUUCCUCGAUAAUUCCUCCUGACGUGAAAUUGGGUCUUGCAGGCUCCUUUCAGCGUCAGAAUGCUGCUUUGGCCGUGAAGUUAGCAGACAUUCAUCUUCGAAAACUUGGUGUCCCAGACUCUGAUUUGCCCACAUGGAACGACGGCACGCCCACUUUGCCUGAAAAAUUCAUUGUGGGUCUUGCGAACACGAAAUGGGACGGAAGGUGUCAGAGACUAACCGGCCAAGAAGGCUUUGAAAAUGUCACUUGGUACAUUGACGGUGCUCAUACACUAGAGUCUAUACGAGUCGCAUCUGAGUGGUUUAGCUCGAGUGUGGUCAAACAGAGACAACGCCCAGGUGCUCCUAAUAUCCUUUUAUUUAAUCAGCAAGCUAGAGAGAACGCUCUGGAUUUAUUGCAGAAACUUCAUGACACUGUUUCAGCAGCGGGUGUCAAAUUUGACCAUGUCAUCUUCACCACCAACAUCACCUGGUCCGAUGGAAGCUAUAACAGCGACUUGGUCUCGCUUAAUAAUUCUAAAGAACAAGUUGAUAAGCUCGUUAUCCAGAAGGAGUUGGCUGAGAAAUGGAGCUCUUUGGAUCAGGCUAAGGGACAAACAUCACGAAAGCAUAUUUUCCCUGAUAUCGAAACAAGUCUCAACUUCAUCAAGAGUUUGACUAACGAUGACCAUCAUGUUGACACAUUUGUUUGUGGAUCGUUGCAUUUAGUUGGAGGGUUCCUUGCGGUGCUAGAAGGAGAAAGAGACUAA